GCUGAUUAUAUCGUGUUCCGUUUUAGGAAACAUCUAUUUAAAAGCUCGCACGUGUUUGUGAAAGGUGUUUUCUUUGAAACCUCAACGCCUUAUUUUCUGUUGUUAAUACACUGCCUUUGAGUAUUGCUGCCUGUUGGUAUCUUGUUGGUAUCCUCUCGAUAGUUGAUAGUGUCUGCCUGUUGUGCUGCGUAAAUAACUGCUUUUUAGUUGUUUUGCUUUUCAAUGGCUGUUCAAUUGACUGAUAACACCAUCAGAAAUCCAACUUCUGCUGGUGUUCUUGAGAAUAACGAUAACUUUGACAAUCAGAAUAACCACUUUCAACAUACCAUUAAUAGCGAUGGUUUUGAUAAUUCCAACUAUGGCUAUCCAGUCAAUCCUCAAGCCCCAAAUCUUGGUCUGUUUCCAAAUCAAUUUCCAACCCCAAGUCAGUAUCAAUAUCCAAACGUUCCAAUAUAUUCCAAUUACCAUCCUCCUCCAUCACAAUAUCAAAACUAUCCUAACUCCUAUCAGUUCCAAUAUGGGUAUCAAUACAGCAAUCAAUAUCCCAACCAGUAUCCCAGUCAAUACAAUAGCAAUUUCGCUUCUCAACAUCAAUAUCAGCAAAAUGCUCCUUCAGUUUCUAAUCAGUUGCUCCAUUCUUACAACUAUUACAACACUAAUGUUAGUGCUUCAAAAAAUAUCAUGACCAACACUAGUGCUACUUCUGGUAAUUAUAUAAAUGAAACUUUCGACUCCAUCAAUGAGCAUAAUACUACUUAUAGACCAGAUAAUGCUAAUAAUAAUAAAAUUGACAAUUAUUCCACUGGAACUUCCAAUUUUACAAAUAAUAGAUAUAGCAAUUUUCCUACUACUAUGACUAGUAAUAAUAAUAAUAAUUUUAGCGGUAUGAGUUAUAGUAGUAAGUUCAAUACCAAUAAUACCAAUAAUACCAAUAAUAACAACAAUUUCAACAAUUUCAAUAGAAAUUAUAACAAUAAUGGUUAUAAUAAUAAAAAAACUUAUUAUAAUAACAAUAACAAUAACAAAAGUAAAAAAAAUUAUAAUAGAUACAUUGAUACUAAUAAUAACGUUAACAUCAAUAUUCUUGGCAAAUUUAUUAAUAAUAAACAAAUACCUGCGCCAAGAGAUGAAAAAAUUGAAUAUCAAUUAUUUGGAGGUAAAAAAAUAGUUGAUCCGGAUCAAAAAUUCAAUCUGAUUCAAUCUCAUGAUGGUUUAAGUUUAUCCGCUAUUAAUUUUGAUCAUUAUGAUGAAAUUCCCAUUGAAGUUACUGGUGAAAAUAUCCCACUUCCAAUCAAUUCGUUUACUGAUAAUAUUGAAUUAAAUAAUAACUCAACCAAAACAUAUUUAGAUCCUUUAUUAAUUCAAAAUAUCACCCUAUCAAGGUUUAAUAAACCAACUCCAGUUCAACGAUAUUCAGUUCCAAUUGUCUUGAACCAAAGAGAUUUAAUGGCAUGUGCUCAAACAGGUUCAGGCAAAACUGGCGCCUUUUUAUUUCCAAUUUUAUCGGAAUCCUUCAAAUCUGGUCGAAAGCCAUUAAAUCAUGAUAAUAUUGAAAAUCAUGACAACAAUAUUCCUUUUCCAACUAUUCUUAUUCUUGCACCAACAAGGGAAUUGGUUUCUCAAAUUUUUCAAGAAUCUAAAAAGUUUUGUUAUAGGUCCUGGUUGGUUCCAUUUUCUGUUUAUGGAGGUACUGACAUUCAAGUUCAAAUAAAGAAAAUUCAAAAGCACGGUUGUGAUUUAUUAGUUGCAACCCCAGGGAGAUUAAAUGAUUUAUUGAACAGAAAAGUCAUCUCUUUGAAAGGCAUAAAGUUUUUAGUUCUUGAUGAAGCUGAUAGAAUGUUAGAUAUGGGGUUUGAGCCGCAAAUAAGAAAUAUUAUUCAAAACAAUGACAUGCCUGAUGUUUUGAAUAGAACAACUUUGAUGUUUUCGGCAACUUUUCCCAAAGACAUUCAACUUUUGGCCAAAAGCUUUUUAAAAAAUUACGUUUUUUUGAGUGUUGGUAAAGUUGGAUCUACCUCUGAAAAUAUUACUCAAGAAGUCUUGUAUGUUGAAGAGAUUGAUAAAAACUCAAUUUUAUUAAACAUCAUUUUGAAUUGGAAAGCUGGUUUAACUUUGGUUUUUGUUGAAACCAAAAAAAUGGCUGAUAAUUUAUCUAUUUUUUUACAAUCUGAGAGUUUUCCUGCCGCUGCUAUUCAUGGUGAUAGAUCUCAAAAUGAUAGAGAAAAAGCAUUGAGAAAUUUUAGAUCCGGCAGAAAUCCAAUUUUAGUUGCAACAGCUGUAGCUGCGAGAGGUUUGGAUAUUCCAAACGUCACCCAUGUUAUCAACUAUGAUUUACCAGGAGACAUUGAUGAUUAUGUUCAUCGAAUUGGUAGAACUGGAAGAGCUGGAAAUGUUGGUCAUUCAACAGCAUUUUUUAACUAUAAUAACAAGAAUAUUGCUAAAGGUUUAGUUCAGUUAUUGACAGAAUCUAAUCAAACAAUUCCUGACUUUCUUUUAAAUUUCCUAAAGAUCAACUUCAAUAAUAAAAAUAAACGUAAUGUAUCUAAGAAUUCUAAUUUUAUUGCAAAAGAUCAUCGCUCAUUUAAUAAUAAUUAUAAUUAUAAUAAUUAUGCUAUGAACAAUCAAAAUAAUAUCAAUAUUAUUUCCAAAAAUUUUGCAGAUUUUAAUAUUUCAAGCAACAACUCGGAUGAUUUUAACAGUUUUAACGUGUCUAACAAUGAUAAUUCAGUUAGUAAAUCUUUUUUCUCAAAUAAUGAGUUGAAUAUCAACAAAAAAGAUAAUGUUGAUAACAUUAAUUUAAAAACUGCUAAUAAUUUUAAUUUAUAUGAUUUUUAUCAAAAUCGUGAAAAGGCAGAAUACUUCUUAACUCAAGAUGAUAGAAACGCAAAAGAUAUUUUAAAUAAAAAAUCCCAAUAAAAUUUUAUAUAUCCUCACUAAUUCAGAAGGGAACCAGGGGUUAACUUCAGAUAGAAAUGAACAUUUAAAUUCAAAUGAAAUGGGUUUGAAUGAAAAUGUCCAAUUUAAGUUUGCUGACCAUUAAAUCAUAUUCAUUAUUAUUGUUUUUUUAUUGUUUUUUGCAUUAAUAUAUUUAUUUUUUUUCAUUGAUUAUUUAUUUCUUACAUUCUUUUUUACAAUCUUUCUUUGGUGAUGAAACUUUAAUUUUUCAUAUUUUGGCUAAACUUUCUUAUACUUGCACUAUUCUCUUAUUUUUUGAAUUGAUAAUAUUAUUAAACAAUUUCAAGAUUUUGGAGAAAAACUAUUUAGAAGAGCUAUAAAAUAGUUUUCUAACUAGAGGCAUUAUUUAAUUUUUUGAAAAAUUUUAAGCAGCCAAAAUAUUAUUUUUGAAAAUUUACUGUGUUUAUUUUUUUAUUCAAUUUAGUUAAUUAUCCUUAAAAACAUGAUAUGAUUU